AUGGGAGUAGCUUCAUACAUAAAAGACAACGGAGGUAUUUUUUUUAACGGAGAUGAUGUAGCGGAUGAGACGCAACAGGAAGUGAAAAGAACGUACACAACAAAGAUGGCGGCCGCCAGCGAGGCAGUAGUGAACGAUACACACGUGGGUAAAAAGAAGAAGACUCCAGCUCGUUACUGGCAGGAGUUAUCACAAGAGUCAAAGGAUGAAAACAAAGAUGGAAAGGAAGGAGAACCGACUGAGCAGGUGGUGCAGCCGGAAAACCAGAAAGGACAGAAAACAAAGAAAAGGAAGCACAAAGAUGCUCAGGAAGAUGGGAAGAAAUUCAUAUCAGGGAAAUCUGACCCCUUCCCUGGGCCAGCUCCUAUCCCAAAAGACAGGUUACAGAAAUUCAAGAGGAAAGACAAAAUUGAAAAGCCUGCACGCCAUUUUUACAAGCUGAAAGACAUGAUAGCUCGUUCAGAGGAAGCUUCAGAGAUGGCCCAGAAACAAGCUGCCCGCUUUGACCUGCUACUCCCAGAGGAUGCUGGGUUUUUAGAAGGAGAUGAGGAUGAGGACACGUGUAUGAUCUCACAGGAGGAUAUUAAAGAUGCUGUGGAUAUUUCAUCUGGAGCAAAGGUAUAUUUCAAUCUCAAAUUGUCUCAGUUUGGACCAUAUCGAGUGGAUUACAGCAAGACUGGUCGCCACCUGCUGCUCGGUGGGAGGAGAGGCCACGUGGCCUGUGUGGACUGGCAGUCCAAACAGCUCAUGUGUGAGAUAAACGUAAUGGAAUCUAUCAAUGAUGUAAAGUGGCUCCACAGUGAGACCAUGUAUGCAGUGGCUCAGAAGAAGUGGCUGUAUAUCUACGACUCCAACGGAAUAGAGCUUCAUUGCAUUCGCAAAUUCAACGACGUCCUCCGUAUGCAGUUCCUGCCCUAUCACUUUCUGCUCGCUACAGCUAGCAGCACAGGCUUCCUGCAGUACCUAGAUGUGUCAGUGGGAAAGGAGGUUGCAGCCAUCUGUACCAAGACGGGCCGGCUCGACGUGAUGUGCCAGAACCCUCACAAUGCCAUCAUCCACCUGGGCCACCCCAACGGCACGGUCACCCUCUGGUCACCCAAUCAGAAGGAGGCCCUCGUCAAGAUGCUCUGUCACCAAGGCGGUGUGCGCUCAGUGGCAGUGGAUAAGACCGGCACAUACAUGGUAACAUCUGGAAUGGAUAAAAAACUAAAAGUCUAUGACAUUAGAGCCUUCAAACCACUCAAGUCCUAUUUCCUUCCUGCUGGAGCCUCAAGUUUGUCACUGAGCCAGAGGGGAGUCUUGUCCGCAGCAACGGGAGACAUCAUCCAGUUGUACAGAGACGUCUGGAGUGCUCCGGUCACCAAACCCUACAUGGCUCACAGGGUUCGGGGAUCAGUGUGGGGGCUGAACUUCUGUCCCUUUGAGGACGUCCUCGGAGUUGGCCACGGAGAUGGUUUCACCAGCAUGCUCGUACCAGGCGCAGGGGAGCCAAACUUUGAUGGUCUGGAUGCAAAUCCAUACCGUAGUGCCAAGCAGAGGCAGGAGUGGGAGGUCAAAGCCCUGCUGGAGAAGAUUCAGCCAGAGCUCAUCAGCCUCGACCCCACAGAGCUGGGACAGGUCGACAGCGCUACAUUUGAUCUCAGGCAUCAAGACAGAGUCAAAGCUCUGGGCUUUGAUCCUCUCCAGAAAGAAAAGUUCGUUCCAAGGUUUAAGAAGAAGGGUCGCAGCUCUGCUGGUGCUGUUGAAAGGCGCAAGAAGCAGGUGGCGCAUGAGGACCAGAGGGAUGUAAUCAGAACAGCUGUGGAGGACAAAAUGAGAAUAGAAGAGGAGCGAAAGAAGAUGGAGAAGAAAAAAGAGAUGCUUUCUUCCCAAAAGUCUGCUCUGGACCGUUUCAAAAAAUAAAAAAGGACCCUUUGUGCAGCUCAAAUGCUGUAAUAUUGUGUGGGCGUGACCUUUGAACUUCACAUAAAAGAAAGACUUUUCUGCUACUUGCACAGUUUUGAAAAAAAAAAAAAAAAGGAAAAAAGGCCAACUGCCAAAAUUCCAUAUAAAGUGGGCAGCCAAGGCUUGUACUUUGGUUGGAAACAGUUCAUACAAUUUACGCUAAGAGCAGGAGUUGGUUCGCUCUAUUUACUAUCUAUAGCCUGAAGCACAUCUGUAAUCAAUUGAAGAUAUCAAUAUCAUGUGUCAUAACUGGUAUUGGUUGGCAUCCUGAAUUUGUGGGUUUUUUUCUUACCAAUAAAUGCAUUGUUAGACCUUACUUUAUACAAUUGUCAUUCAUCACAACCUCAGUUUGUGGUUUCAGAAGUGAGUCAAAGUCAGACAAGCUCCAUAUUGCUUAAACCUUCUACCAGACACCCUUGCAAAAGGUUUGUGCGAAAAGAAAAACUAAUCUUGGUGUUAAAAGUUGUUUCCUGCAAACCGCAGUUUCAGCAAAAACAUUACUAAUAUUAUGAAAAAUAAGCCUUUUAUAAGUACGUGUAAAUCACAUAUGAUUUAUUUCCAUCUAUGAAUUUAGGAUGGUGGAUUGGGCUGGUCGUCAUGAAUACAGAGAACUGUAGUGUGUGAGAUUGACACAGACUGGUUGAUUACACUCAUUUAAAGUGAUAAGUUGGUAUUCAGUUGAAUUGGAAGGGGGAGCUUUGGUCUGUAGAGCAGGGGCUUCCAAGUCCAGUCCUG